UUUCUUCUAAAAUAUGGAAAAAUAUAAGUGUGGAGUUUAAUAUUUGCAAGUUUUAUAAAAAUUGCUUUUUUUAUGCUCUCAAUUAUUGUAAAGCUAUAUAAAUUAAUAAUUCUUAAGUUAAUAGUAUUACUAUUAGUAUACUGAGGAUCGAGAAACGUGGUUGUAAUUGUACUAUUAGUUAUUUGCAGAUGACGAAUCUAGAAAUGUAAGGAAAUUUGAGAAGGUUUAAAAAGUCGGGAGUUAACGAAAAAAAAUUGAACUUGAAACCUUGAAAUGUCAAGAAAAUUGUGACCCCUUUUUUAUCUUGAAUUUUCACUUUUAGGGUUAAUCAUGUCAAUUAUUAUGAGGGCUUUCCAGUUUGGAAUUUGGUUAUCAACUGUACAUCUAUUUGGGAAUGUCUUUAGUCAACCAGCUACAAGAUACUAAUUGGUAUCUCCAUUGAUGACUUGAGUUGCUAUGAAGUAAUGAUACAGAGGUUUGAAAACUGUUUUGAAGACUAUGCUGCCUUAUAAAAACUCGUGACCAAUAAUUCUCUAAAUGAAGAAAAUAGGCAUUUGUAACUGGCGGAUAUUGCAUUUCAUGAUUCCAUUCCGUGUGUGGAAUCUGAUUGAUGCUUUAAUAUGAGGAGAUCCAAUGUUAGUCAAGAAAUAGCAGCUUUGAAAUCUGAUUUGGCUUUUGAUCUUGAGAAGGCAAGUGCAUUUCAUGAUUCCAUUCCGUGUGUGGAAUCUGAUUGAUGCUUUAAUAUGAGGAGGUCCAAUGUUAGUCAAGAAAUAGCAGCUUUGAAAUCUGACUUGGCUUUUGAUCUUGAGAAGGCAAGUGCAAAUGAUGAACUUAGAACUGUAGAAUCAAACUUAUGUUUUAAUAUGCUUAGAACUAAUGCUAACCAAGAACAACAGGCUGCAGAUUUAGAUUCAUCCCUCAAUAUCAACAGACCUAAUGCAAAUCAAGAACUAUUGGCUGUGGAUUCAAAUUCACUUCUUAGCAUCAGCAGAUCUAAUGCUAAUCAAGUAAGGGAAUGUUUAAUGGAAAAUACGUCUGUAACCCCAGAGAAACCUCAUGAACAAGAGAAGAAAUCGUCUUUCCAAAUAACAAGUGUCACAGCUCAAAGAGCCAUAUUAAAUCUGCAUAGUGAUUUUUGUGAGUUAAAUUUGGAAAUCCUAAAUGGAAGAAAAAGAAUGGAUGUGGAUAAUGGUCAGUCUUCUGAGGACACAAAUGGCUGUAGUGGUAGCAGUAGCAGCAAUAGUUAUAGUACUAGUACCAUUAACAGCAAUAUGGUACAAUCCCCUAUUUCCUCUAGUCCAUCUGUACCUGUAGGUUCUGAACCCCCGGAGUUCGUCCCUUCUGGGAAUAUUAUUGAUUCCAAAAUACCUUUCUCCUUUUCUUCAGAUACUACAGCUUUUUCAGAAAAUGUAAUGAAACUACAAAUGGAUCAACAAGUAUUAUCAUUGGUAACAACUUGUGUCACAUCUAGCAACACCAAUAAGUUAUCUAUGGCUCCCAUAUCUCAUGAAAAACAAGAUCGAUUUAAGAUUGUGAAACUUGUGAGUAAUGAUCCUGUUAAACGAGGCCGAUGGGCUUGCACUGACUUUACUGAUAAAAAUGUAGCUCAUCAAGGUAUUGCCAAGUGUGAGAUGUCUCCUGAAGACAACUUUGCUAUAGGAUCCAGUAAUACUGGAUUACCAAAUGCACUUUAUAACGAACGUGUUGUUAACAAUUCAGGUAGUGCUUCACAUUAUUUAAUAAACCAAACAUAUCCAGUAAUUCCUGCUGAAGAGUUGACACUAAGCACUCACCAACACUCUCUUCCUUUAUACAAAAUUAUUUUUCCCGUAAGUGAAGCAUCACAAAGCAAUCCAGUCAAUCCAAACCAGAAUGUAGAAGAUGUUUAUUCUCAGGCUAUUACUUUUUCAAACCAGGUCCAUUCAGUUCGUAUUCCACAAUUAUCACAUUAUGUUUCCCAAGAGCCUAUUCUUACUCAAACUCAUCCCAAGAAUAUUUCAGAGAUUAUAUGUGAAACACUUACAGAAGAAAAAUCUAUAAGUCAUCAAGCCAUUUCUGAAGUUACUGAUCUGACAUCAACACCUCAAUUAUGUGUUCCAAGUACUUCAGACUUUCAGAAUUGUAACUCGCAAGUCCUACAUUCAGGAUUUACAUCUUUAAGUCAUACUGAAGUACAACAGUCUCUUCUUGAAGGUCCACCAUUAAUCCAUGUUUCCAAAGAUGAAAAUGCAGAGAGUAGUGCUUCAGACCUCAGUUCUUUAGCUAUAGACAACAAAAUUGAACAAGCUAUGGACUUGGUUAAGAGUCACCUUAUGCUUGCUGUCCGAGAAGAGGUGGAAGUAUUGAAAGAAAAAAUCAUAGAACUGACGGAAAAAAUCUCCCAACUUGAAUAUGAGAAUGGAAUUCUGAAAGCUAAUGCCUCUCAAGAAACACUAAGAAAAGUUACUGCAGUAGGUCUCCAACCAUUUUGUCAAACUCGGUUACAACAGCACUUAACAACCACGACUCAGUUAGCCAGUCACUUACAACAUCCCAGGUUAUUCACUCCAUGAGGUAGUCAAAACAUUGCUCAAAUUAGUGAGAACCAUGUAGCAUAUCAUCCAGAUUAAGAGAAGUUAGCAGGAUGGGUGGGCCAAUAUAGUAAGAAAUAUUUGAUGUUUUUUUGUCCUGUUAAUCAUUAAAGACCCUAAAAAUAAUAUGUUAUCUGUUAAGUGUCAGUGAUGCAUAUCAUGCUUAGUAAAUUACUGUCACAAGGUGCUUGUUUUGUACCAGAUUUGGUUUUUGUCAUAAAGUCUUCAUUAGUCUCAUAUUUUAUGGAACCAAAAAGUUCAAUACACAAGUUAAGUAUGGUUAUUACAAAAAAAAAUUCACUGUUUCCAAUUUGCAAGAUGUUUAUUAAAUAUAAAUACAUACACGUAUAUAAAUACGGCAUUGCGACCUUUUGACUCUUUACUUAUGUCGUCAUCGGGUGUAAGAAAAUACAAGGUCAAAAGAAUGUUCUAACCAUGUGAAAGAAGAACAACAAAAUUAUCCCACAAUGUUAUUGACUAUUUAGAAACAAUAUCAAUGGAGGAGAGGAAAUAAAAUUAAAGCAUUUGAUUUUUUAAAUAAACAUUAUAUUUGUAAAGCUGUUUAUUAGAAGAUCAUUUUAUGAAAAAGUUGCCUUAAAACAAGUUAAGUGUAUAAAAACACUGUUAUAUUUUUUAAAAAGUAAGAUAUUUGAUCUAUGGGUAGACUUCAUUUGGUUAAACUUCAAGGUUGGAAUUACCAAUACAUGUAAUGGUGAAUCCUCAGUAACUUAUUGCAUGUCUAGUUUCACAUCUGUGAUUUUGGAAUGCUGAAUUGGGUGGACUUAGAAGGAUGUUACUUGACCUAAAUGAGACUCCCAUAUGCUUGUGGAUAUAGAUGGUAAAAUAACAUUUAGUUUUUCCAAUAUUGGUGCGCUGCAGUCACCACAUGUGUAUUUAUAGACAAUCCAAGAGAAAAGAGAAAUAGAUAGAUGAUUCUGUAUUUUGAAGAAAUGUUUUAAUCUUAAGGACAGUUUGAAAAUGAUCUCAAGUUUGAUUUGCAGAUAUAACUUUCUUAAGUACAGUGCAGAAAGUAGGAAUUGCUUUGCAUGUCUUUUAGAUGAUAUAAGAUGUCAGUUAUAGAUUUUGUUCAGAAACUGAAAAAAACAAAUACAAAAAGAAUUACAAGUGAAAGACAAUAUGCAAGAAUAUUAACAUUUUACAGUCAGUUUAUAUUAAAAUACAUGAUUAUUAAGGAAAUUACUGAUGUUUAUAAAAAAAUAAUCCCCCCCCUUUCAUAUUGCUCCACUGCAAAAGAAGCUUGAAACUGGUGUGCAAACCAUUUUCUGUGUUUUGUAUCAAGUUGAUCAGUAUGUUAAAUAAAUAUCAAAAUAUUUUUACCAUUUAGGUUUCUUUGUAGUGUACGCUAAUACAGUUGUACUUUAAAAUAGUGGUAUUAAAACUUCUUUAAAUCGGUUAUCACUUUGGAACAUUUAGUUUUAGAAAAGAAUCUGGUACAAGAUGGACAAUUAACCAAAUAUGAACACAGCUCGAAAACUUAAAAAGAGAAGUAAAUAAACUUUGUUAAUUGGUUCCUUUUGGAGUAGUAUAUAGAACAUAUAUUUAUUUUGGUAUA